AACAUUUUCCCGCCGACGCCCCCGCCCCGAAGAAUCCGACGGGGAGGCUGAGGACCGACAGCCUUCGUCGCACCUGCGGCAGGUGAAACUUUGCUCGGCAGGCGAGGCGGGAGCCCCAAAAUGAAGGAAACGAGGGAUUAUUCUGGAUUUUUGGGCGCGGAAAGGCGCAAACGAGCAGGUUACAGCCUCGAGAUGGAGCCGGAGGCGCGCGUUGCCUGUCAGGCGACGAUGGCGGUGCUGUUCGUAGCUCUGCUCAUCACGGCCGUCACUUUCGCAGUGCAGGCUUUUCAGCCUCGUCCCCAACCCUGUUUUCGGUGUCCAUUUGACUGGAUCGGGUACAGAGGAAAAUGCUACUAUUUUUCGGAGGCUGAGGGGAACUGGACGUCCAGCCAGGACAACUGCUCGGCCCUCGGUGCUUCCUUGGCCACGCUCGACAGCACGGAGGACUUGAGCUUCGUGAUGAGAUACAAAGGCAAAUCGGAGCAUUGGAUCGGCCUUUCCCGGGAAGACGAGGAGCAACCAUGGAAAUGGGUGAACAACUCACGUUUAUCUCACCUGUUUCAGAUCCCCGGCAGCGGCCUCUGUGCUCACCUGAACGACAACGGGCUCGGCUCCUCCCGCUGCAGCACCGAGAGGGCCUGGGUCUGCAACAAGCCCGAGCUGCAGAGCCCGAGCAAAGGCAACAGGACGAGACGGGCUCAAAACCUUUGCAUCAGUUCCUACGAGGCUGCGGGGAGCGCUCCUCAAACGCAAAGACCCGGCGUGCGAUAGGGAAACAAAGGAAAACCUCAAAAAAACCCACCCCAACCCCCUGCAUAGAAAUCAAACUCGGAAAAAAAAAUCCCUAUUGCUAAAAAUAAGAACCAAAAUUAUCACACGUCUGUAUUUGCCCCAACAAAUUUCUCACAUGAACAGGAAAAAAUACGUGGUGGUUUCUCCCAGCACCUCCGCAGUUCAUGCCUGGUAAUGACUCAUUAAAACCCGCUACAAUUAAAUGUCAGAGCGAGAGAAAAGCCGCAGCCGUACCUGUGA